GCGGCGUCGGAGCCCCUGUGUCAAACGGCAGUUUCUACCGCGAGGGCCUUCUGCGGCUCAGAGUUUUACUACCUUUGGAUGCUACUGUUGAUAUGGAGAAGAUUGAGGAACAAUUUGCUAAUCUGCAUGUUGUUAAACGAUCCUCAGGAACUAAAGAGCCCACUUAUCUGCUUGGCAUAGAUACAUCAAAGACUGUACAAGGAGAAAAAGGAAGCUUGGUUGCUGUUUUAUGUUCUAAUGAAUCAAUCAGAAUAUACGAUAAAGAAAGGUUAAACGUACUACGAGAAUUUAGUGGAUAUCCUGGACUUCUUAAUGGAGUUAAAUUUGCAAAUUCCUGUGACAGUGUAUACUCAGCAUGUACUGAUGGCACUGUAAAAUGUUGGGAUGCUCGAUUAGCCAGUGAAAAACCUGUUCAGCUGUUCAAGGGUUACCCUUCCAAUAUUUUUAUCAGUUUUGAUAUCAACUGUAAUGAUUAUAUCAUUUGUGCUGGUACAGAAAAAGUUGAUGAUGAUGCAUUGUUGGUAUUUUGGGAUGCAAGAGUUAAUUCUCAGGAUUUGUCUACUGCUAAAGACCCACUUGGUGCAUAUUCAGAGACACAUAGUGAUGAUAUCACUCAAGUAUGCUUCCAUCCCAGCAAUCCCAACAUGGUGGUCUCAGGUUCAACUGAUGGCCUGGUGAAUGUAUUUGAUAUUAGUGUUGAUAAUGAAGAAGAUGCACUGAUUACAACGUGUAACUCAGUUUCAUCAGUAAGCUGUAUUGGUUGGUCUGGGAAAGAUUAUAAACAGAUUUACUGCAUGACACACGAUGAAGGAUUUUGUUGGUGGGAUCUUAAUCACCUAGAUACUGAUGAACCAAUUACACGUUUGAACAUCCGGGAUGUCAGAGAAAUAAUUAAUGUGAAAGAAGGUAUUUUGGAUUAUUUGAUUGGUGGCCUGUAUCAUGAAAAGAUGGACAGAUUGUUUGUUAUUGGAGGAACAAACACAGGAAGGAUUCACUUAAUGAACUGUACCACAUCAGGAUUGAUACAUGUGACCAGCCUUCAGGGAGGGCAUGCUGCUACAGUUCGUUCUUUCUGUUGGAAUAUGCAGGAUGAUUCUUUGCUGACUGGAGGAGAAGAUGCACAGUUGUUACUUUGGAAACCUGGAGCUAUAGAGAAGACCUUUACAAAGAAAGACAGUAUGAAAAUAGCAUCCUCUGUGCACCAGCGAGGGUCAAGACAGCUGGGAUUUCAUACUUCCAAAUAUGUCUUUUCCAGUGCUUGUUUUUCAGAAGUACUUUUUCAUAAAUACUUUGUUCCAGUUGUCGACUUGCUUGUUAACUGGGUCAUCAACCUUCUAAAUCUGAGAAUAUAAGAUUUCUUGACUUAGAAAUACCAAACAGAACAUUUCAAAUGCUAGAGAUGACUACUGCCUCUAUCCUUGUUUUCAAAGCUCUUUGAUCCUAAAUUCUUUACAAAAUCUUCUGUUCAUUAAGAAGAUUGAUUUGGAUUCACAUCACAACCUAAUUCUACCAGCAAAAUGUGCUUCUCACCAAAGACAGAACAGGGGGUUCUUUUGUGUUUUUGGAAAGAGACUUAAAUAUCAAUGAAAAAGAAUUUAAAGGGCUUCAUGUUUUCUAUAUUUUCCACACAGCACUACAUACAAACCAGAUUGUAGAGAGGAAUUCCAAGGGGAAAAGUGGUAAAAUAGCUUAGAAUUUCAGUGCCUAUAUUUUAUUUGUAAAUUCUGCCCAAGCUCUGCCACUUACUAGAUGUACGGCUUGGAAAAGAAACUUAAGCUUUCUGUAUCUUAGUUUCUGCAACUAUGAAAUGGGAUAAUAGUACCUACAUCAAUGGGUUAUUUUGAGGAUUAAACAAGAUAAUAUAUAUGUAAAGUAUCUGCUAUAGUUCCUGGCUCAUAGUGUUUAAUAGAUGGGAGUUCAUGUUGAUGGUGAUAUAAGCCUUGAACCAUUGUUCCUACUUUCUUUACUUUAUGACCUCAUACAAGGCAUUUAACCUCUGUAUCUUAUUAGUCUCUCCUUCUGUAAGAUGGAGAAAAUAGUAACCUUUCAUUCAAUUACACGGACAUCAUUAACAAAUAAUGAUUUAAAGACAGAAGUAACUUGGUGUAGUAUGAAGAAGCCUGGCUCUUGGAAGAACAGGGUUCAAAUUGUGGUUCUGCUAGUUACUAGCUGUCUGACCUUGGGCAACCUCCCUGAUCCUCAGUUUUGUUAUUUAUAAAAUGAAAACAAUAUGUCUAUACAGAGUUAAGGCUAAAAUUAAAUAGUGCAUAUGAAAGUGCACAAAGUUGCUAUGCAUGUUUGUAGUUAUUAUUACCAGUACUAUACAAGAUUGUAUGCUGACAGAGUCUGGAUGUGUUGUCCCCCCAAACCUCAUGUGGAAAUCUGAUCCCCAAUGUGACAGUGUUGGGAGCUGUUU